AUUUUAUCCUCUUCCCUCCGGACCGCGGAAGCGUUUAGACGUGUCCACUUAUUUAUUUGUUUAAUAAAUUAAAAACCGAGUACUUGGCAAGCAAAAAGUAAUUGUAGUUGUUAGUGAUCUAAGGUUGGAAAUACUUGGGAGUUAAGACGAAGACAACAUUGUAAACUACGCAGCGCGUGCGGUGACCACUCCCCCCGCGUGCAUUCACUUGUCGGCCGCUUAGAUUAUAAGCGACAGCGAUUAUAUACAAGAAAAUAUAUUUAAUCAAAAACCUUCUACGUAUGUCGCAUCAACUAUAGAAUCUGUCGUAUGUACUUCAAUCACAAUAUGAUAUUAAUAUCAACGAAGCAAGGUCAAUUCUGCUCCACGGCCAUUCAUCUAUCAAAAGCGACAACAACUAGUACUGCGACAGUAUGAUUGGAGAACUUAUAAUAUUUAUAAUCACCUCUACAUUUUUUUAUUACUUGUACGUGUAUAAGAAAAUACACUAUUUCUUUGAGAGAAGAGGUGUGAAAUUUCUAUCCGGCGUUCCGAUGUUCGGAAACAUGUAUGACAGUACAUUUGCCAAAAAACAUUAUGUAGAAGAUUUAAACGCUGUAUACAGAGCUUUCCCGGAUGAAAAGUACGUUGGUCUCAUAGAAGGCUGUACGCCAAUAGUCUUGAUCCGAGAUCCUGACUUGAUAAAAAUGAUUACCAUUAAAGAUUUUGAUCAUUUUGUAAACCACAAAGAAUUCUUCGAUAAAGACAUAGAUCCGUUGUUCGGUGGAAGUCUUUUUAUGAUGAAAGAUGACAAAUGGCGUGACAUGCGAGUGACUCUGAGCCCAGCGUUCACUGGAUCCAAGAUGAGGCUCAUGAUGAACUUUAUGAGCGAAGUCGGCCAUAACAUCACGGAUCACAUAAAAGAACAUAUUUCUGAUGAAUUUAACGUUGAGGAUCUGGUACGUCGGUAUACCCUCGACGUCAUUGCAUCAGCAGGCUUCGGGCUUCAAAUCAACUCUGUUAAAGACAAGGAAAAUGAAUUCUUCAAAAUGAGCACAGAUCUAUUCGUUUCUAAUUUCAAUCGGAAACUUGCAAUGUAUAUAUGUUCUCAAUACCCACUAUUUGGAAAGAAAUUAGGACUUAAAAUAUUCCCGGAAGAGAUCACGUCCUUUUUUAAAAAGACCAUUACAAGAACAAUGGAUUACAGAGAAAAGAACAAUGUGGUGCGACAUGACAUGAUACAUCUAUUAAUGGAAGCAUCCAAAGGAACUUUGAAAAAUACUUCUAUUGAAAAAGAUGACGUCGGAUUCGCUACAACAGAAGAAACCCUGAAACCAAGAAGUGUUACAAGGAAAUGGACAGAAGAUGAAAUAAUCAGUCAAUUGUUUACAUUCUUCGCGGCUGGCUUCGACAGCACGGCUGGAGCCAUAACUUUUAGUGUCCACGAAUUGGCCGUAAAUCCAGAGGUCCAGGAAAAAUUGUACCAGGAGAUCAAGGGAUUCGAAGAGUAUGGCAAAACUUUGUCUUACGAGAACGUAGCACAAUUGAAGUAUAUGGAUUGUGUGAUCAAUGAAACAAUGAGAAAGUGGCCACCGUCGAUUUUUAUGGACAGGGUAUGUAGUAAACCUUACAAACUGCCGCCACCUAGAGAAGGUGGAAAGCCUUAUCAAUUGAACCCCGGCGAUAUAGUAUACAAUAUGGUGAAUGUCAUACAUAUGGACGAAAAAUUCCAUCCUAAACCCGAAGUGUUUGACCCUGACCGCUUCUCUGAUGAGAACAAGCACAAAAUACAACCCUUCACCUUCAUGCCCUUUGGUAUGGGUCCGAGAAAUUGCAUCGCUUCCAGAUUUGCCCUUCUCGAAAUGAAGGUAUUCCUAUACGACCUCAUUCUCCACUACAAAAUUGUGAAAAGUCAGAAGACAUCGUACCCAGUUCGCUUAAAGAAGGACGACUUUAGAAUCAAGGCCUGUGGUGGCACUUACGUCAAAUUUGAAUCAAGAACUUGAAGCCGGACUGCAAAAGAUUUUUUUUUACUUUACAGUUUUCCGAUACGCUCAUCGAAGAAAACAUCAAAACAAUAACAUAUACUGUAUAACUAUAUUACAAUUAUAUAACAAAUAAUCCUUUAAGUAUUA